GGCGGCGGGGCAGAGCGCGGCGCCGGCAGAGCGGGGCGCCGCCGGCGGCGGUGGCGGCGGCGCCGGCAGCAGCGGCGGCGGGCGCGGCGCCCAGUCGCGGUGCGUCCGCCACCGGCUGCCGCUGUCCGAGUGAGCUGGUGCGCCCCGUGCUCCAUGUGCCAUACGGUCUGACGGCUGUCAGCGCCACUUUCCAGAAUGCAAGUGGAAAGGAUGAUAACAAAGGCGAAUACAAGGUUGAUCUCCCCGGCGGGGUCACCCAACAUCUCUCCGGGCUCUCUUCACUCGUCGUCGCCCACGCCGCUAAACAACAACAAGCUGUCGCCGUCGCUGCCGGCGCCGCCCAAGGCGUCCCCCACCUCCGGUCACCACGGGAAGGUUACCGGCAUCCCGACGGUGGCGGCCGCGUCCAGGUACACGGCGCCGGUUCACAUUGACGUCGGAGGAGUCAUCUACACAUCGUCACUGGAGACACUGACCAGAUACCCAGAGACCCGGCUCGCUAAACUGUUCAACGGACAAGUGCCGAUCGUGCUCGACACGCUCAAACAGCACUACUUCAUCGACCGCGACGGCAAGAUGUUCCGGCACAUCCUCAACUUCAUGCGCAGCGGCAAGGUGUGCGUGCCGGACGACUUCAGCGAGAUCGACUGUCUGAUGGAGGAGGCGCGCUUCUUCGAGGUCCAGGGUAUGGUGAAGCAGCUGGAGCAGCUGCGCCGUCAGAGGGCGCAGCGGCUGGCGCGCGCCGGCGGACAGGCGUCGCCACCAGUCGCGCAGCACGGCUACCAUGUGGUGGCGCUACACAUCUCACCCGACCUCGGCGAGCGCGUCAUGCUCUCCGGCGAGCGCAAACUCAUCGAGGAGACCUUCCCAGAGGUGGUGCAGGCGCUGAUGGACAACCGGACGUCAGUGGCGUGGAAUCAGUCGGACCCGGAGCACGUGGUACGCUUCCCUCUGAACGGCUACACAAAGAUGACCUCGCUGCAGGCCAUCCAGCGGCUGCUGGCCGACGGAUUCCAGAUCGUGGCCAGCCUGGGCGGCGGAGUGGAGGGCCAGCAGUUCUCGGAGUACAUAUUCUCCCGGAGCCGACAGCCGCAGUGACCGGCGGCCGGGACGCGACGACAGAGUGCCAAACGCCGCCGGCCCGGCCGCUCCGAGGGAGGGGCGGUCGGGCCACAGCACGGCUGGCUGGGGGAUGGGUGUGACCGCACACCUCCGGGGGACACGGGGAGGGACCCAAAGGGUACGCCGCGCCGGCCCAGUCAUGGCGUCGGCGGCUGACAUAGGGUAGGCUCCGAAUGCGUAAAUGUUUAUUGCCUGGCGCCGAGUAACGGUUUGGCCAUGCUCUGAGACGACGGGCGAUGGUGGCGGCAGCAGCCUCCAGUCGGCGCCCUCCAGUCAGUCUCAGUAUCGUGCCACAGCCGCCGAGCGUCCACAGAAAUCAAACGGAGCGCCUGCUCCCGGCCCGGCGCGGCACCGGUCGCCCCGGGACCGCCGCGUCGCGCCGCCCGCACACCCGGUAUAUCGGUAGAGAUAGAACGAGCUUAUUGUCCUGUUGGGUGUCGGCACAGCCGCCGCCGUGCCUCCGCUGAACCGAUCCGUGCCAUAGCUGGAGGGAGCACCGCCGCGCGCCACACGCUAUUCUGGGGUACACGUUACGAGUGGGUUGUGUGCGCGUGUGUGACCGUGAUAAGCGUUAUGUGUCCAACGGAAUGAAUGGGGAAACAGUGACAUAUUGGUGAAUUUUUCAUUUAAGUGCAACGAAUAAAUGUUAUAUUCGAGCCCAACAAA